AUGACAAGUCAAUUUGAAUAUUGCUUGAACUGUAUUGGUUAUGGUGAUAUUGUACCGCAUACAAGUUGUGGCCGACUGAUUGCUGUUGCAACUGGACUGAUGGGUUCCGCUUGUACUGCCUUAUUGGUUGCGGUAUUCUCAAGAAAAUUAGAAAUGACCAAAGCUGAAAAACAUGUGUUACAUUUUAUGGAAUCGAAUAAACUAACCAAGAAGGUUAAACAUUGUGCAGCUAAUGUACUCAGAGAAACUUGGUUAUUGUAUAAACAUGCAAAAUUAAUGCCAACAUUUCAUUCACAUCGUGUUCGAGCACAUCAACGUAAAUUUUUACAAGCUAUCUACAGAUUGAGAACAAUGAAAGUGAAACAACGUGAAUUGCAAGAUAAAUCAAAUUCAUUGGUGGACUUAGCUAAACUUCAAACAAAUGUUUAUGAAAGAGUUGCUGAUAUUUCACUAAGACAAGAAGAUUUUCAAAAUCAACUUACAACAAUUGAAGAUAUGCUUAGAAGUAUACAAGUAAGAGAGAGAGAUUUUUUAUUCUCUAUAUGA